AUGGCUUUGGAUCUGGAGAGACAGCUGGUCUUUUAUGGCGCCUAUCACCAUAACCCAGUCAACAUUCGAAUACACAUGAUUUUUGUUCCAGUCAUUCUCAUCACCAGUUUCCAAAUAUUCACCAACACACCCACGCUCAUUACCCUGCCCGACGCCCUCCAGUACAAAUACCUCCCCCUCAAUGGCGGCACGAUCGGCGCCAUCGUUUAUUCCCUGGGCUAUAUAUUACUCGAACCCGUCGUCGGAUUGGUCUCCGUUCCUCUCCUCCUCGGCGCCGCAGCCUACAUGAACUACCUGACCAUGACCUACGGCGCCGCGGCUACCUCCUGGUCGGUCGGAAUUCACGUCGUGUCGUGGAUUGCCCAGUUCGUUGGCCACGGGGCUUACGAGGGAAGAUCGCCGGCCUUACUGGAUAACCUCUUCCAGGCGCUUUUCCUCGCGCCGCUUUUCGUCUUCUUGGAAUACCUGUUUAUUUUUGGAUACCGGCCGGAGCUACAGCGCCGGGUGGAGAGUGCGGUGCAGAAGAAGAUUGCGCAGUUCAAGAACGAGAAGAGCAAAUAA